UUGUAGACGAACAACCGCAUCUAACACCGCGCGUAUCAUAAAUCUUCCACUAUCGUCAUCACCCUCAAGUACACACACACCAGAGGUUUUCACCGGCGAACUAGGGUUUCAACUUUCAACACCGGAAAAUCGUACAAUCAUUGCUCAUAUCCGGCGACAGUAGACGAUUCUACAGCGUCAUCACCUCCAUAACCGCUACCGUGAUGGCCGGAGUUGAAGUGAAGCAAGAAUACAUCGAACCAACGAACGGUAUCAACAACAGUUACACUAAACGAACAGAUGUUUCAGAGAUUGCGGUGAUCGAUCUCGAUAGUUCAGACGACGACGAUUCAGGUGACGGAAUUCGUAACGGCAAGAGAUCUAGGGUUUCGAGUGGUGAAGAUGAUGUUAACGGUAAGAGAAAGAAGUCUGGUGACGGUGUGGUUCUUCCGGUAGGGUUUCUGGAUCCUUUGCCGCCGAAGGAUGCGACAUUGCAACGUGCUAGUGGAAACCGUGUGGUUCCGGAGCAGAGUUGUAAGCAGUUUUGGAAAGCUGGUGAUUUUGAAGGACUGUCUACUAGUGAUUGGACUGCUUCUACAGGUGGUAUGGAUCAUUUGAGGGUUCAUCCAAGGUUUUUGCACUCCAACGCAACUAGUCAUAAAUGGGUUCUUGGCGCUUUCGCGGAACUUUUGGACAACGCACUAGACGAGGUUUGUAAUGGUGCCACAUAUGUGAAAAUCGAUAUGCUAACAAACAAGAAAGAUGACAACAGAAUGUUGUUGAUUGAAGAUAAUGGUGGUGGGAUGGACCCAGAAAAAAUGAGACAUUGCAUGUCUCUUGGAUAUUCUUUGAAAAGCAAGGUCAAGGAUACAAUCGGACAAUAUGGAAAUGGUUUUAAGACGAGCACCAUGAGGCUUGGAGCUGACGUUAUUGUCUUCUCUCGAUGUUCUGGGAAAUCUGGAAAAAGGUCUACGCAGAGCAUCGGUCUAUUGUCCUACACGUUUCUGCGAUGCACUGGGAAGGAAGAUAUAGUAGUUCCCAUGCUUGAUUAUGAACAAGAUGGCCGAGAGUGGAAGAAGAUGAAACGAUCAUCAGCAAGUGAUUGGGAUAGAAAUCUCGAGGCUGUGGUACAAUGGUCUCCAUUUUCAAGUGAAUCGGACCUUCUAAAACAAUUUGAUCAUAUGAAGGAGCAGGGUACACGCAUAAUUAUAUACAAUCUAUGGGAGGAUGAUCAAGAACAAUUAGAGCUCGAUUUCGACACCGAUAAACAUGAUAUUCAAAUUCGAGGUGUUAAUCGUGAUGAGAGAAAUAUAGAAAUGGCACAGCAAUAUCCGAACUCUAGACAUUUUCUGACGUAUCGUCACUCACUCAGGAGUUAUGCAUCGAUUCUCUAUCUAAGAGUUCCUCAUAACUUCCGGAUGAUUCUUCGUGGGAAGGAUGUUGAGCAUCAUAAUAUAGUUAACGAUAUGAUGAUGACAAAUGAGGUCACUUAUCGUCCACAGCCUGGGCUAGAAGGGGUCCCCAAGGAUUCAAAUAUGGUUGCUGUAGUUACUGUGGGGUUUGUAAAAGAUGCGAAAGCUCAUAUAGAUGUACAAGGGUUCAAUGUGUAUCAUAAAAACAGACUCAUCAAGCCAUUUUGGAGAAUCUGGAAUGCUGCAGGAAGUGACGGUCGUGGGGUUAUAGGUGUAUUGGAAGCUAAUUUUGUUGAACCAGCUCACGAUAAACAAGGGUUUGAGCGCACUACUGUUCUUCAACGACUUGAAACACGCCUUAUUCAAAUGCAGAAGACAUACUGGAGUACAUACUGUCACAAAAUAGGCUACGCUCCGAGACGCCACAAGAAAAAUCCGGAGGACGGAGAAGCGUCGCCUGAUUACGCAACGGAACCGACAAGGAAAAGUCCGAGGACGAUACUUGCUCCGCAAAUGCAAUCAGACAAAUCAUUUUCACAUAGACCUCAGAAAGAAGCAGUAAUAACCAAUCCAAGUAGAUAUUCAACUGCACCGAACAAUGGUAAUGUUAAUACUGGAGAAAAAAUAGAUAAAUUAAAUAGGGCUCAUGGUGUAAGUGCAAGCUCUUCUGAGUCAGCAUCACCUUUGACUGAAAACAUCCGUGAUGUUGACUCACAAACUACCAUGAACGCACAACAUGCAAACGGUGGUUCUCAAAAAGGAUUAUCGAGUAUGAAGACUCAUGCGGUUUCAGCUCUCGAGGUCCGAAAUCCUGCUCUUUCCGGAGCUGCAAAAGUUUUGCAAGUUAGCGCGCCGCCUCAUUUAAGGUCUUCUCUUGUUAACGGGGAUGUAAUCGUUGGUUCAAAUUCUAGCAAUGUCAAUUUGCACCAACUGAUGGAAGAAAACCGUGAGUUGAAGGAGAGAUUGAGAAGGAGAGAAGAAGAGAUAUUAGGUGAUCUGCUGAAGGAUCUAGAAUCCGAAAAAAAACGUUGCAAACAACUUGAAGUUCAGCUAGAGAAGGAAAAAGAAAAAUUCGAGGCCUUAAAUAAGGAGCAGGAUAGUAUAAUCGCGAUAUUUCAAGAGGAAAGAGCGCGCAGAGAUGUCGAGGAGGAAGAAUUAAAGAGGAAGUUGAAGGAAGCAGAAGCUGCAUAUAAAGAUUUGAAGGAAAAGUUGACACAAUUGCAGCUGGAGAAAAUGAAAGGCAUGGGGAACAAAUGGGGGCAGUAGGAGCAAAGUAUCUGGUAACGAGUCCGCACCGUAUGGAGAGCAUUUUCUUUCAUUUUUUAAAUAAUUUUCUUUUUUAGUUUUUUAUUUUCCAUGUGUUAGAAAAUGGUGUAGACUUUGAUUUAUAUGGAAGGGUUGCUGUGUAGGUCGUUUACUUCUACGUCUUAUUAGAUCAAACUCAUGAAACAACGCUUGUUUGAUAUGCUUCGUUUGAAAAUCA